AUGGGAACUACCCAUGGUGGAGGAGAAGCUCCUCUGCCUGGAACUGCCUGGAAUGGGUAUUUGAGCAAUUUUAGACACAGGACUGCAACAGGCAGCCACUUGUCAAAUGCAGCUUCAAAGGUGGCAACAACAGCAGCUGCCGCUCUGCUGGAUGCUGCCAAUUCGAGCGACUACCCGUAUGAGUACUUGGACGAGGAGGAUUACGUGCAGUAUAGCCUCUGCACAAAAGCAGAGGUACUCUCCUUUAGCAGAAUAUUCAUGCCAUCUUUUUACACCCUGGUCUUCCUGCUCGGGUUGGCUGGGAAUGUCCCGCUGUUGAUUGUCCUUAUUAUGUACCUCAAGAAGAAAAAGAAGAUGACUGAGGUGUAUCUUCUGAACCUGGUGCUUUCAGACUUCUUCUUGCUGCUAACUCUUCCUUUAUGGGCUCUGUAUGUUUCUCAGUGGGUGACCUGGGACAUAUUGUGCCCAGUCUUAAAUGCCAUGUACACCAUGAAUUUCUACAGCGGUAACUUUCUUGUGAGCUGCAUGAGUCUGGACAUGUACCUGCAGGUCACUCGUGCUUGCUCUCCUCACAGCUCCAUGACGUGGAGGAAGUCCAUCCUCGUCUUACUGAUGGCAUGGGUCCUUUCCAUCCUUCUCUCCAUUCCUGAUGGCCUCUUCAGCGUCACAAGGCAGAUGCACAACAAAGCUGUCGUGUGCAGCCAUGAUUAUGGCCAGGAACACUUAUUUUGGAAAGUUGUCUUCCGGGUCACUCAGAUCACUCUGGGUUUCCUUUUCCCUCUCCUCUUCAUGGUGUUCUGCUAUUCCCGUAUAGCACGUGUCCUCACCGUAUCUCAGAUGCCUGGCUCAGAGAGAGCACGCUGCUUAGUCUUUACUGUGGUGGGUGUCUUCUUUGUCCUGUGGUUCCCUUACAACAUUGUCCUCAUCCUUCAUUCCCUGCAAGACCUCGGUGUGAUCAGGACCUGUGAAAGCAGCCGGCGGUUGGACUACGCCACGCAGAUCACGGAGAGUUUGUCCUUUGUCCACUGCUGUCUCAACCCUUUGCUUUAUGCUUUUGUGAAAAAACGGUUCAGGUUGUAUUUGCAGAAGAUUCCCUGGGGCAUUUUCAGGAGAAGGGCUUUAUGUGACAUCCAGCCCUCAGAGAUAAGCCAGCCUUGCAGCAGAUACACAGCUGAGAUAGAAAUGUUGAGUAUCACAAAUGCAUGAUGAAUGUUUCUGUUGUUUAUGUUAUGUGU